UCAAAUCCGUCAGAUGGUGAUCAGGUUAUAUAUCAUUGCACAGUUAGGACCUUGGAUGGAGUUUUCGUUGACUCUACAAGAUCAGAAUAUGGAGGGAAAGGCUUUCCAAUAAGAAAUGUAUUGGGUAAGAGCAAAAUGAUAUUAGGGUUGUUGGAAGGAAUUCCAACAAUGUUGAAGGGUGAAGUGGCAAUGUUCAAAAUGAAACCUCAAAUGCACUAUGGAGAGGAAGACUGCCCUGUUCCAGUACCAAGUAGUUUCCCUAAAGAAGAUGAACUCCAUUUCGAGACUGAGUUGAUAGAUUUCUCCAAAGCCAAGGUUGUUUGUGAUGAUUUAGGAGUUCUGAAGAAGGUAAUAGAUGAAGGUCAGGGUUGGGAAUCACCAAGGGAACCAUAUGAAGUAAAAGCUUGGAUUUCUGCAAAGACGGCUGAUGGGAAGUUAAUUCUGUCACACACAGAAGGAGAACCAUAUUUCUUUACUUUUGGGAAAAGUGAGGUACCUAAAGGUCUUGAGCUGGGAGUAGGAACAAUGGCUCGGAAGGAGAAAGCGGUGAUUUAUGUUACAAAGCAGUACUUAACCCCCUCUACCCUCUUGCCUGAGAUUGAAGGUUAUGAAGAAAUUCAUUUUGAAGUGGAGCUUGUUCGUUUCAUCCAGGUGAGGGACGUGCUGGGAGAUGGGCGCUUAAUUAAACGACGACUACAGGAUGGAAAAGGUGCUCCUUGGUAUUUUAUUAAACAUCUCCAUUGAGAAUCAACUUAGUAUUAGUUCAUGGUCUGUCACAUUUUCACCUAUGCAUUCAUGUGAAAGUCUUACUUUAGGAUAUGUAUUUAACAGUUUUGCACUCAUUCUUAUUUGACGGGAAGAUUCCUAGGAUGUUGCUUCAAAAUUUUGAUUUGCAUGCGUUCCACUGCUUCUGUUUUUUCUUCCUUUAAUUUUGUCUGCCAAAGAUCCUGGUUGUGUGGCUGCACGAAUGAUGGCUAUCUUCUCAGUUCGAGAAUCCGGGGAAGGUACAAUCAAUCUCAAUGCAAAUAUCGCACCGACAAUAUAACU